GUAAGCAUCUGAUGUCGUCUGGCCAAGUCAGCAUCGAUGUCAUGUCAGCGUCGGUGGAGGCGUCUCCGGCAUGAGCGGAAUGGGUUCGGACACGUCAGCACCUGUGCCAGGUCAUCAGUCCAUGCCAGAGCCCGUGGACGCGGGCCCGAUAUCAUGGGAACGUGUGCGGCCACGUCAGCAUCGGAUGCCACGUCAUCAUCGAUGGACGCAACGCCGCCAUCAUCGUGUGUGCUCGCAUGGUCCCGAAGCUGGUACAAUGGGAACCCGAAUCCGAAUCUGGUACAAUGGGAACCGGGAACUCGAACCUGGUACAGUGGGAACCCGAACCUGGUACAAUGGGAAGACGAACCUGGUACAAUGGGAACCGGGAACUCGAACCUGGUACAGUGGGAACCCGAACCUGGUACAAUGGGAGGACGAACCUGGUACAAUGGGAACCCGAAUCCGAAUCUGGUACAAUGGGAACUCGAACCUGGUACAAUGGGAACCCGAACCUGGUACAAUGUGAAGACGAACCUGGUACAAUGGGAACCCGGAACUGGUACAAUGGGAAGGCGAACCUCGUACAAUGGGAACCCGGAACUGGUACAAUGGGAAGGCGAACCUGGUACAAUGGGAAUUCGAAUCUGUUGACGAAAGUAUGGCUGGCGUUGACCUGCUGUGGAGCCCGAACCUGGCUCUCAGCGGGAUGCCGAACCUGGUACAAUGGGAACCCGAAGCUGGUACAAUAGGUACGCAAACCUGGUGCAGUGGGAACCCGAACCUGGUGCAGUGGGAAUUGGUACCUGUUGACGAAGGCUAUGGUCGUCUUAGACCUGAUGGGUUGUCCGAAACUGGAUACGAUGGGAACCCGAAUCUAGCGCACGACGAACCGUCCAUUCCUGUUUGUGAUCGCAAGCUGUGGGGCGGAGGAGUCGGCUUUUCGGGGAAAGGCGUGGUGUGAAAUGUGGCCUUUUGGUCCAUUGCGAGCCCAGGCCUACCUGGUUCAGAACCUGUCCUUAAGGUUGGGUGGGUGGUGUGGGGUUCGUUCCCCUGACCUCGGAGAUGGGAGAUAUGGGGUUCAUUCCCCUGAACUCGGAGAUGGGAGAUAUACCUGGUAUGCGAAGUAAAUUUUAUCUGGUGGGGUUUGCCUGGCGGUGAACUUGUCUGUGUUCUGGUCUAGGUGCGGGCAACGUAUCGGGUCUGUUGGUCUGGAAAUGGGAAAUUGUUUGGACCAGAUCUGUGGAAAGUGGAACACGUCUGCAAAAUUGGACCAGAUCUGGAGAUUGGACCAGGAUCGGAAAUCGGACCACAUCUGGAAACUGAACCAGGACGCGAAAUAGGACCAGGUCGUGCUUCGAGUUUCCGUGGGUUGCCCAGCUGCUGGUCGAGAGUGGAGUGUAGAGGGUAUCAGAAAAGGAAGUGUAGAGGAAGGAGUUUUCACGUUCUCCAUCCUAUCCUAUCCUAACCUAUCCUAUCCUAUCCUAUCCUAUUCUGUCCUAUGUUCAAUCUUACCCUAUCCUAUCUUAUCUUAUCGAACUCUAUCCUAUCCUAUCCUAUCCUAUACCCCAUAUUAUCCUAUCCUAUCCUAUCCUAUCCUAUCCUAUCCUAUCCUAUCCUAUCCGAUCCUAUAUCCUAUCUUACAUUGCUGUCCUAUCCUAUCCUAUCCUAUCGUAGCCUAUUUAGCCUAUCCUAUCCUAUCCUAUCCUAUCCUAUCCUAUCCUAUAUCCUAUCUUACAUUGCUGUUCUAUCCUAUCCUAUCCUAUCGUAGCCUAUUUAGCCUAUCCUAUAGCACUCUAUCAUAUCCUGGCGUGUCCUAUAACCCAUAUUAUCCUAUCUAUCCUAUCCUAACCUAACCUAUCCUGGCCUGUCCUAUCCUAUCGUAUGCUAGCCCACCCUAUGCUAUAUCCUAUCUUAGCCUACCUCGUUCCUGUCCUGUCCUCUCCUUUUCUAUUUAGCCUAUCCUAUCCUCUUCUAUUAGCCUAUCCUAUCCUAUCCUAUCCUAUCCUAUCCUAUCCUAUCCUAUCCUAUCCUCUCUGUCCACAGAGGAAGCGAGAAAGGGAACUAAAAAUAGCAAACGGAAGCUCCAAAGUCAGGUAAGGGGUUACAGACAGGUCGUGCUGGCAAAUGGCGUUGACGUCGUCCUUUAUGUCCUUGUGCUGGCAAAUGGCGUUGACGUCGUCCUUCAUUUCCAUGUCACUCAAAACCACCCGCGCCUUAAAUAGA